CUUGAGAAUCCGCCCGGCGUUUUCGGAGGGGCGAAAAUGAAGACGGGCUCUUGAUAGCGAGGAAUCCCCGCACAGUGUUCGGGAACGGUAGCGUUCAGUCAGUCUUGAAAUCAGGCGGCGUUUGGGGAGCCCUGGGUCUUGAGCGGGCAGCUGGAGGGUCCUCCUGCGAGUGACAGAAGCGACGAGCGAUGAGCAGAAGCAGGCCGUCACGGAGCGCGGCCCGCAGGCGAGGGGGCGCUAUGGCGAGAGGCGCAGAUUCAUCCACACGUUACAGCGCAGUUUUAUGAAAUCUGCUCAUCAGAUUUCCGGGGAGUUGAAUGCACAGAGGAAGAUUUUCGCUGUCUCUUUGGAUUGCUGCCAUCACUGUGACGCCCUGAUCACCAGGCACCAUGUACUGCCUCCAGUGGUUACUGCCUGUUCUCCUUAUCCCAAAGCCCCUCAACCCGGCCUUGUGGUUCAGUCACUCAAUGUUCAUGGGCUUCUACCUACUGAGUUUCCUGUUGGAGCGGAAACCUUGCACAAUCUGUGCCUUGGUCUUCUUGGCUGCCUUGUUCCUCAUCUGCUACAGCUGCUGGGGGAACUGCUUCUUGUAUCACUGCUCUGGCUCCCAGCUGCCGGACUCUGCUCAUGAUCCCAGCAUAGUUGGCACCUAAAUCCUUCCACAUGGUCGCAAGCUCCUCUUCCCUUUUGUGUUCUUUUAAAAGAGCUGUCCUUUGAGAGGGAGGGAUCAUAAGGCAUGUGAUUGGAGUUCAAAAGCAACCUAUUUGUAUGUCUCAAUUAAAGUGUUUCAUCCAUGAUCCGUUAACCCUCCCACAACCUGCCUGUAAAAUUUGACAAAAGCUGUCUAUGGUGAUAACUCGUGUGUUAACAUCCAUGUUGGGGUUUGAAGCCAUGCAGUACAUGGGGGUGGGGGAUGGGGCUGGCUUGUGCGCCUGCCUCCUGUACUGUCAGAAAUCAGUCCUCCUGGCACUGGCCUGGUGGCGAAUUGGAUUUUUAAACGUUGCGCGAUGCUGGAGUUGAAUUUGUCUUGACUCCUUGUCCAGCUCUCAAGCUGCAGCCCAACCUUCUCAAACGCACGGCCUCUGACUUUGUCUGAAGAGCCAGGAAGCCUUCUUUCCAUCUCGCUUUUGGUAGAGAUCUAGUCUUCAUUGCCUGGGACAUCUGAGGGAGAACUUGCAAAUGGCUAAGAAGCAUGGAAGCCGCUGGAUCCAGAGGCUGUGAUUCACAUCAGCUAGCCAAAAUGGGAUAUGUGCACUGCCGGAGUGUUUCUCCCCACUACGUAUCUGCCUAGAUCACAGCUCUAAAACCCCAGAGUCAUCACAAUGCCACUUCUACAGCACGGGUACAGAAGCUCGUCUUGUUCUACCCUGCCUUUUCCCAGCCAAAUAUCCCUGGUUUGCCGAAGUCUUGAGUUGGCAAGAAGCAUGCUCUGUUUUAAUGUUUGGGGAUCCAUUUUUAGCAUUCUUUUUGUCAUUUUUAAGCUCUCUGUAUUUCUGUCUUGAAGAAGCAGCGUGUUGGCAAGGGUGGGGGUGGGGAUUCAAUGUUCUGGGCUUGACAUGGGAGGUGGUUUUUGCUUCUGAAUUGGACCUGUCAUUUGAGUGACACUUUUCCUCCCCUUUGAAGCGAAGAGUAUUAUUGUCGUUUGUCACAAGCACAUGAGGCGCUGCUUACAUGCAUGGGAGGAAGGAAGUAACAAAUGACUUCCUUCUUUUCUGCUCCUUUUUACCCCCCCCCGCCCCGCCCCCAGUUUGUGUUUUCCUUCACAAUGAUUCUGGGAAGCCUUUUGGAGCUUUCUGGAUUAUAGCUUUAUUGUUCCCUGUUUGCCAUUCAUUCUCUUGCACAUCAGCGGUUUCCAGAGAAUCUCUCUUGUUCUGCUUUCCUUAGCAAAUGUUUGCUUGUGCAAGAAACAUGAACUAGUCCUUGUGGAGGGCUAGCACACUCCUCCCCCCAAAAAAAAACUUUUCAAGGUUACCUUCUGGUUUGCUGCCCAUUAGUCUCCGCACAAUCUUCCCCUGGAGAAGCAUUGCUGGAAAGGCUUUUCUCUCCCACAGGAGUUGGAACUGAGAAAUCAAUUGUGAAAAAACCUCCAGAGAUAUUUUUUGUUUGUUUUUGUUUAUUUGUUCAUUGCACAGCUGUUCAAAAGGUUUA